AGUCGCGCGCUCUCAUCGUCAUUUCGAAAGUUUCACAUCCGCAAGAGAGCGGGGCAAGGCGAAGUCGAAGGCAGAAGUCUCGCGCGCGAACUCGGUACGCUGCAGGCGAUGACCGCAUUUAAUAAAGUUUUAAUUUUAUUGUGAGUGUGCUGUCGUGUUCGCUGUUCCGUUAAGUGUUUACAAAAAUGCUGUAUAGGUGAACAAUCCAGGAAUACCAAGUGUUGUGCUAGUGAAUAUCUUCAACUUUUUAUCUAUUUACUGCCCUCAAAAGGUUGUAAAAAUGCCUUGCUCAGCGGUAACUUUGUCUAUAGCGACCAUUACAGCAAUCGUGGCCGCUGCUCUAAUGGCUAUAGCUUUUUCUACGGAUAAUUGGUUGUAUAUUGAAGUGAAACGGAGUAAUAUACAGUCAUACGCGGCGGAGAACCCGGCGGGCAACUCGCAGUCCAUCCUGGACAGCCUCAACAACAAGUACUACUUCUACACGCGGACGCGCGGCCUCUUCCGCGUCUGCUACCCGAAGGAGCGCCCGCCCACAGUGGAGAUCUACCUGUCCCCGGUGGAGACGCACUGCAUGAACGUGGACUACUUCAUCCCGGACGAGAACAACGAGACUAAGGGGCUCUCCGACGAUGCUAUGAACAGACUGCACAUGGCGCGCUCGACAGUGGCGCUGUUCAUGGUGGCGUUCCUGUUCCUGUUCGUGGCGUUCUGGACCGGCGUGGUGGGCUGCUGGCGCCGCAGCCCCGGCAACAUCACCGCCACCGCCAUACUCAUGCUCGUCACAUGCUUGCUAGCGGCGGGCGCGAUGGCUCUCUGGCACGGAGUAGAGUUCUACGAGAAAGAGAAGGUCGUCGGAGAAGAGUACUACCAGCAGUGGCCCAACAUAUUGCGUGACAACGCGCGCGUGUGGUACGACUGGUCCUACAUGGUGGCGUGGUGCGGCGUGGGACUCGCUCUUCUGUCGGCCAUCUUGUUCUCGUCGGCCGCCAUUUGCCUGCGCGGCGAGCGCGAGCGCGAGGAGGCGCUCAACAUGCAGUAUCUAAUGCCUGUAUACCCGCAGAAGCAGCAGUACGCUUACGCCGGGUACCCUCCGCCGCAAGCGUACCCCGGCCCCUACUACCACGGCUCGCAGUACGGGCCCUACAACUACUGAUCCAGCGACCAGAUGAGGGAACUAGCGGCCACCACCGUCCGCAACCCGCCCGCCCCGCAGGCCCCGGCCCGAAACCCCACCCC